CCCCCUUUCACUCGCGCAUUAGGAAGCUUGGGUCUCUUUGCCGUGCCCGCCCGCGUCAGGGACCGGCUUGGCUGAGCGGCCAUCAUGGCAUCAGAUGAAGGCAAGCUUUUCGUUGGAGGGCUGAGCUUUGAUACCAAUGAGCAGUCGCUGGAGCAGGUCUUCUCAAAAUAUGGACAGAUCUCUGAAGUGGUGGUUGUAAAAGACAGGGAGACCCAGCGAUCUCGGGGGUUUGGAUUUGUCACCUUCGAGAACAUUGAUGAUGCCAAGGAUGCUAUGAUGGCCAUGAAUGGGAAGUCUGUGGACGGGCGACAGAUCCGAGUUGACCAAGCUGGCAAGUCAUCUGACAACCGAUCCCGUGGGUACCGAGGUGGUUCUGCUGGAGGUCGGGGCUUCUUCCGUGGGGGCCGUGGCCGUGGCCGUGGCUUCUCAAGAGGGGGAGGGGACCGAGGCUACGGGGGCAGCCGUUUUGAGUCUCGGAGUGGGGGCUACGGAGGCUCCAGAGAUUACUAUAGCAGCCGGAGUCAGGGUGGUGGUUAUGGUGACCGGAGCUCUGGUGGGUCCUACAGAGACAGCUAUGACAGUUAUGGUAAGUCUGGCUCUGAGGGUGCCACGCUGCGUGGCCUGGUGGGAGCUUGGUGUGAACCCUUGUGCCCUUCUGGAGUGCCUUAGGUGGAUGCUCAGCCAUGGCUCUACUUUGUCAUUGCUUGUCCCUAAAAAACAAACCUGUCCUCUCAGAACCCUUUGUACCACAGAAUGUAAAAAUGAACUAAGAAUGUCAGAGUGAAACUAAAGCAAAGGGAGUGAGGGAGCUGCUGGCUGGUAGGCUAGCAUAGGUGCAUGUGAGCCGCCCUCGGCUGGGGGGGGUGGCUCUUGAGCCCUGGGCCGGCCCUCCAGGUCUGGGCUCGGGAGUGGAUGCUGCAUCUCGUUGUGUGCUUCAGCGCCUUUACACUGUACCUGCUUCUUGU